AUGGAGUUCCUAGGCAUCCAACCAAAGGAGACUGUUGAGCCUUCUACAAAGGAUUUGGAGUCAUCUGUCAAACAUGGAGAAUCAAUAUCUAAGCUUCAUGGUGUUGUUUAUAUUACUGAGGACAGUGAUGAUGAAGACAAUAGGGAAGAUGAUCAACACAGAAGGUGGACUAAAGAUAGACGCAUUUGCUCAGGACAUACUUCAUAUGGCUCUUUACCAGAAUACAAGUUGAAGGAAGAUAGGCCUACUUUUAAUGGAAGUUUCAAAAUAGAAGAGUUACUGGAUUGGCUUUACGAAGUUGAAGCUUUCUUUGAGUUUAUGGAUAUACCAGACGAUUCAAAAGUUAAGCUAGUGGCUUAUAAACUCAAGGGAGGAGAUGUUGCUUGGUGGGAAAAGAUUUGUCAAGAUAGACUCAACUAUCAUAAACCUCCAGUAUGUACUUGGACACGUAUGCGCAAGUUUAUACGAGAUAAAUUUUUACCUCAAGACUUUAGACAACAACUCUUUAUUAAACUGCAGAAUUGUCAGCAGGGAGAUCGUUCUGUUGAAGAAUAUGUUGCUGAGUUUUAUAAUUUAGUUGCUCGUAAUCAAAUUCAAGAUACUGAAGAACAAUUGGUAGCGCGUUUCAUUGAGGGUUUAAAUAGGUUGAUUCAAUACAGUAUGACUCAAUCUGCUUUUACAAUGGUUGAAGCUAUUCAACAGGCUAUCAAGAUUGAGAAACGUUUUUCUCGUCCUUCUAAAGCUUCUCAACCUCGUCAUCCUCGUUACAAUAACAACUACUCGACACAAUAA